UAAAGGGCAUUAUGAAUGCUAUCUCUUGCAGUCUUGCUCUAACAUGGCUAAAGCAGUGAUUUUUGUGCUUACAUCUCUGUUCACCUUCUGUACUUCUGCUCCAGUGGGCUUUCAUGGCGGUUCAGAUGCUCACUGUCCUCUGACCGUAAAGAUUCUGGAUGCUGUGAAAGGCAUUCCAGCUGGAAAUGUGGCUCUUGAUGUUUACCGCCAGGGUCAGGGUGAAACAUGGGAAAAGAUUGCCAGUGGGAAAGUAGAUAUGGCUGGUGAGGUGCACAACUUGAUCACCGAGCAGGAAUUCACUCCUGGUGUGUAUCGGGUGGAGUUUGACACUAAAACCUACUGGAAGGCUGAGGGUCGUACUCCUUUCCACCAGAUGGCUGAUGUGGUGUUUGAGGCUCAUGCCGAGGGCCAUCGCCAUUACACUCUGGCACUUCUACUGAGCCCCUUCUCAUACACUACAACAGCUGUGGUCAUCAAAGCACAUGAGUGACAACACACAUCCAACAGAACCACUGUAAGAGGGUCCAUAUCAACACCCCGUACAUACAGAAAUUACAUGACACCCAACGACCCCACUCUCUCCAGCCACACCAAUUAAAGAGAUUAGACUCAGUGUAAGUUUUCAACUAUAAAGUCUUUUAAUGAUCAUUACAGAGCGUAACGUAGUGAACAGACCAGUCCAACAAAAGAAAAGUGAAUCUGGAACCAGGAUUGUACAUAUCAAAGCAGACAUCAUCAAGAGAUUCUGCUUCUCACACUGGUUACAGUUAAAGUGGACCCUCAACAACAGAGAAACGCAAACACAGGGAAGGUCUUCAUGUUUUUCAGUUCCGAAUCAAUGACAAGCAAACAUUUCAGGUUUAUCGACAUAGCUCCAGAUUCAAAUAAAAACUCUGAAUAAAAUGUAAAAGAAAAUGUAAAUGCGCACCCAAUUCUAUUUUGAAACAUCAUCCACACGCACCCCACUGCACAUCUCAACAAACAAUGCGAAAAUGAAAAUGUAAUUAAAAAUAAAUAAAUAAAAAAAGACAAUUCAAGGCACAAAUAUGAAUACUGCAAAAAUGUAACACUCUACAUUACAGAUUUGUAAUGAUGAAUAAUAAAUCCUCUUUUAAAAUUC